AUGGCUGCUACCAUUCCUGGGAUGAGCAGAACUGUUUCCUUGGGUCCCAUGUCUGAGAAUUCCCUUCCAUCACAAAAUCAAAGGAGUCAAUCUGUUGUAAGCAUUGAGUUGCUGAAUGAAAAAGGUGAAUAUGACAUGGUUGAGAUUGACGAAGCUGAUGAUGAUGUCUUGCAAGAUUCUGUAGAUUCCCGACUUGGCUUGCGCGAUGCCUCCAGUGAUCAGGAAAUGCGGGUACGCCGGCAAUCAAUAGCCGACCGCGUUAACCGACGUCGCAACACCGAAUUCGCUUUCGAGUUUACACGUGUUGAAGCCGCUGGUCGGGAAAAAGAAUUUUUCCGUCUUCUCGAAGAGCAUUCACGACUUGUACACUCCGUUCAAUUCUGGUCGACAGCCGCCGCCAUGCAAGAUGAUGCGCAGAAAUUCGCUAUGAAGUUACAGCUGGACGCUCAACAGCCGGCUCAUCCAGAGUAG